UCCCCCUCCCUCCUCCCGCAAGCCUCGGGGUUCCUUAGCUGGUCGAGGCCGAGUCAGUGUCAGUCAGGGAGGCAGACUGCUCAGCACUGGGUGCGGACGCUCCAUUGCAGUCUUGCCCAGGGGCCGGUGCUUGCGCUCGCGCCGCCGGGUGGGAAGAAUGAAGCCGCAGCUAAAGCAGUCACCCUAUGAUUGGCUGUGGCGCUUGUGAACCCGAAGUAAAGAUGGCGGGCGGGCAGGCAGUCGCCGCACUGCCCACUUGGAAGAUGGCGGCGCGCCGCAGCCUCAGCGCCCGCGGCCGGGGGGUCCUGCAGGCGGCGGCGGGCCGGCUGUUGUCGUUGCUACUGCUGAGCUGCUGCUGCGGCGCGGGCGGCUGCGCAGCGGCCGGCGAGAACGAGGAGACUGUGAUCAUCGGGCUGCGGCUGGAGGACACGAACGACGUGUCGUUCAUGGAAGGGGGGGCGCUGCGGGUGAGCGAGCGGACCCGGGUCAAGCUGCGGGUGUACGGGCAGAACAUCAACAACGAGACCUGGUCCCGCAUCGCCUUCACCGAGCACGAGCGGCGCCGCCACAGCCCCGGCGAGCGCGGGCUGGGGGGCCCCGUGCCGCCAGAGCCGGACAGCGGCCCCCAGCGCUGCGGCAUCCGCACCUCAGACAUCAUCAUCUUGCCCCACAUCAUUCUCAACCGCCGUACAUCGGGCAUCAUCGAGAUCGAGAUCAAACCGCUGCGCAAGAUGGAGAAGAGCAAGUCCUAUUACCUGUGCACAUCGCUUUCCACGCCAGCCCUGGGCGCCGGCGGCCCGGGGUCCGCGGGUGGCACCGUCGGGGGCAAGGGUGGCGCAGGGGUUGCUGGGCUCCCCCCACCUCCGUGGGCCGAGACCACCUGGAUUUACCACGACGGCGAGGACACCAAGAUGAUCGUGGGCGAGGAGAAGAAGUUCCUGCUGCCCUUCUGGCUGCAGGUGAUCUUCAUUUCGCUGCUGCUGUGCCUGUCCGGCAUGUUCAGCGGCCUCAACCUGGGUCUCAUGGCCCUGGACCCGAUGGAGCUGCGCAUCGUGCAGAACUGCGGCACGGAGAAGGAGAAGAAUUACGCCAAACGCAUCGAGCCUGUGCGCAGGCAGGGCAACUACCUGCUGUGCUCGCUGCUGCUGGGCAACGUGCUGGUCAACACCACGCUCACCAUCCUACUCGACGACAUCGCCGGCUCAGGCCUCGUGGCGGUGGUGGUCUCCACCAUCGGCAUCGUCAUCUUCGGGGAGAUCGUGCCCCAGGCCAUCUGCUCCCGGCAUGGCCUGGCAGUAGGCGCCAACACCAUCUUCCUCACCAAGUUUUUCAUGAUGAUGACCUUUCCCGCUUCUUACCCGGUUAGCAAACUGCUGGACUGCGUCCUGGGUCAGGAGAUAGGUACCGUCUAUAACCGGGAAAAAUUGCUGGAGAUGCUCCGGGUUACUGACCCCUACAACGACCUCGUCAAGGAGGAGCUGAACAUUAUCCAAGGAGCGCUGGAGCUCCGCACCAAGACAGUAGAGGACGUGAUGACUCCCCUUCGGGACUGCUUCAUGAUCACCGGAGAGGCCAUCCUGGACUUCAACACCAUGUCGGAAAUCAUGGAGAGCGGCUACACUCGAAUUCCUGUAUUUGAGGGAGAGCGCUCCAAUAUCGUGGACCUGCUCUUUGUCAAAGAUUUGGCCUUCGUGGAUCCAGAUGACUGUACUCCAUUGAAAACCAUCACCAAAUUUUAUAACCACCCCUUGCACUUUGUUUUCAAUGACACCAAGUUGGACGCUAUGCUGGAAGAAUUUAAGAAAGGUAAAUCUCACCUGGCUAUCGUGCAGCGGGUGAACAAUGAGGGAGAAGGGGAUCCAUUUUACGAAGUUCUGGGAAUUGUCACCUUAGAAGAUGUGAUUGAAGAAAUCAUCAAAUCUGAGAUUCUAGAUGAAACAGAUUUAUACACCGAUAACAGGACAAAAAAGAAAGUGGCCCACCGUGAAAGAAAGCAAGAUUUUUCUGCCUUUAAGCAGACAGACAGCGAGAUGAAGGUUAAAAUAUCACCGCAGCUUCUCCUGGCCAUGCACCGUUUCCUAGCAACAGAAGUAGAAGCAUUUAGCCCAUCCCAGAUGUCAGAGAAGAUCCUUCUAAGGCUGCUAAAGCACCCCAAUGUCAUCCAGGAACUGAAGUAUGAUGAGAAGAACAAGAAAGCCCCAGAGUACUACCUCUACCAGCGCAACAAACCUGUAGACUACUUCGUUCUCAUUCUGCAGGGGAAAGUGGAAGUAGAAGCUGGAAAAGAAGGGAUGAAGUUUGAAGCAAGUGCUUUCUCAUACUACGGCGUCAUGGCCCUGACAGCCUCUCCAGUUCCUUUGUCCCUGUCUCGUACCUUUGUUGUCAGCAGAACAGAGUUGUUAGCAGCAGGUUCUCCAGGUGAAAAUAAGUCGCCUCCUCGCCCAUGUGGCCUCAAUCACUCAGACUCUCUCAGUCGAAGUGACCGGAUUGAUGCAGUAACACCAACGCUGGGGAGCAGCAACAACCAGCUCAAUUCUUCAUUUCUGCAAGUCUACAUCCCUGAUUACUCAGUGCGAGCCCUUUCUGACCUUCAGUUUGUCAAGAUCUCAAGACAGCAAUACCAAAAUGCCUUGAUGGCAUCCCGGAUGGACAAAACCCCUCAGUCUUCAGACAGUGAAAACACUAAAAUUGAAUUGACUCUUACGGAGCUGCAUGAUGGGUUGCCAGACGAAACGGCCAACCUGCUCAAUGAACAGAACUGCGUGACGCACAGCAAGGCCAAUCACAGCCUGCACAACGAAGGCGCCAUCUAGGGGCGCCCACGCUGGCACUCCUCGAACAUCCCCCUCCCGAGGCCCUGGCCUCUCUGUCUGACCAUGACUUCAUUAGUGUGAGCUUGUCUGCCAUGCUGCGUCCUGCAACAUUCUGAGACCAAAGACUUUGUCCCCUUCCUGGAAGCCGCAGAGGACAGCAAGAGAAGGAAUGGGAAACCAGAGAUGCGAAAGCGACAGCUGGGGCAUGGUGUUUGAGAUUUUGGAGAUGAACUUCUUCCGCCCAAAUAGAAUCAUGUUUAUUUUUUCAGCUGUACCUUUUAUCAUUUACUCACUCUCCUCCCUCAAUUUGCAUGAAGUUGAAAAUUGUUGCGAUUUAUUUUUUCAAGAGAUCAUGUUUUUCAAAAGUGUCUUUUGCAGAGUUUUAACUUGUUCUGUCUGAACUCUGCUGUGGUCCUAUGAUGUGACCCUAAUAGGAUGGACUUGCCCCUCGAGUGGCCUUCCUUGGCCCUCCCAAGGAGGGACACCCUUCCUCUGUGCCCCAGUGGAUGUCGCUGUCGAACUUGAUGGAUGAAUGAAGAAAACCGUGUCACUGCAGAACCUGCCAAGUCUGUCGUCACUGUGGGGUGUGGCCUGCAGAGGGACCUGUGGUGGGUCGCCUCUCUGAGCUCAGUGUUGUUUUUGAGAAUUUAAUGUUUAACCAUGCCCCUUUCCCUCAGGAAGGUUUAACAUUUGCUUGGGAAUGUGAUUUUGCUCCCACCCUAAGGAAUUUUUAUCACCAAAAUGAAUGUUAAUGAAUUUUAAACCCAUGGUUUAUCAUUGGCAAGAGGCAAGUUGACUUCAUGCUGACAUUCCUCCAGCCUGGGGUCUCUGGCUCAGCCAGCUGUCCUCUCACACCCCAGCUCACAGAGCGCCGUCACCUCUCCCCAGCCCUUGCUCUUGCUAACCCAGGAUGCUGCUACACAGAUGCCAAAUGGAGACCUUCCACAGGGCUUUUCAGUAAACAUGUGGUGUGGAGGUCAUACCCCUCCCUUUCCCACAGGAAUAUACAUAGUUAUCAGGAGAUGGAUUAUUUACUUGGGGCCAAGAAGGCAUGCCUAAACCCGUGUUUUUAAAGGAGGGAACUUUGGGGAUUUCUAGUCCCUAACCCUUGUUCCAGGGAGCCAACUGUCCUUCUGUCUCUGGGCCCAUUAAGCCCAAUAGUGGCAGCAUCCCCCAAGAGCUGCUGUGCCUCCUGUCUCUGAUGCAGCCUACACUAGAGAGGCUGCCUGGACAGCCAGGGUCAGUUUGGCCCCAAACAGGGAUUCAGAAACCAAAUGUGUGUUGUGGCCAUUUCAUGUGUGUCUCCGUCUUAUUUUAAUACCAAAUUCACCAUGUGUAGUGAAAUUAAUGUCAGCAGAUAUUUGAGUGACUGCGUUCUUAACUAGCUUAUCUGUGUUUUACUGUUAGCCCAAGCGAUAGGUGCAUUUUGGUAGCGAUGUUCAUACACUGAAAUGAAUUCUCCUGACCACAGUGUUUAUAUAGGACUAUCAAUACCCACUGCAGCUGGUCACUAGCAGAGAAGAGAGCAUUUCUGCCUUUGGGCUUACUGUAUGCAGGAGGCAUGGGAGCUCAGCAGCAGUCUUCUGCCCCCUCAGGUAGGAAGUGUGCUCAUCCCAGGUUGGGGUCUGGGGCAGGGGUGGUGGUGUGGGACCUGCUGGGCCGGUCUUCUGGUAAGCAGUUUGGUGAUUCUGGUAUUUCAUACACAGCUGACUUAAGUGUUUGCCCUGAGGCAGCAGUACUAUGUCUUCCUCAAGUGUUGCCAUGUCCCUUAGUGAGAGAGGUACUGGCCUCACUUGGUGGAGAGGCACGGAGAGUGCCCCUAAGGGGGCCAAGUGACCUCCUGGCACUCAACCUGCCACCUUAGGACAGAGCCUCCAUCAUGUGGCACCCCACACUGGAGUGUCCCCUUCUUCAAGCAUGUCCAUCCAAGUUAAAAAGUUCACUUCCUAAGAUGCAUCUAGCCAGGCACAACCCAGAUGUGAUAAGUGUGUAAAACGAGAGUUUCCUGUAACAAAAAGAAACCUGGGCCUGGACAUAGCAGAAGUCUCUCCCUCAAUAAACUGCCACUUUGGCCCAGUGGUGCUUGCCUUCCCUGAGGUCUCAGGAGUCAGGUGGUUGAGCUGAGGCUCGGGCCCAGGGUAGUCUCCAUGUACAGUCUCAGGGCAGCCUUGCUGCUAAAAGGUGCCUCUGGACUGAGCCCCAGGUUGGCGUUCUUUUUCAGAGUCCCACUGUUCUUCGUGGAGCCUAAAGAUCUGUGAGAGUCGGGGGAGCAGAGGGAACACCAGCCGCUGCCUCUCUUAGGAGAAACAGGAACUUUUUAGUAUGCUGUUUACUGCUCAGCAUGGUGGCUUCUUGCAGAGUAUUUUGCUUGUAAGGAGCUGGCAAGGUGACGCUGCAGUGGGGCUCCCAAAGGAUGAGGUUUUAACUGCCAAGUUUUUACUCAUUUUCUAUUAACUGCUCUUCACCUUUGAUUCACACCAUUUGAUAACAGGAAAUCCAGAACAGUUCCUGUCUCAUACCCAAAGGAACAAAUGUGAAUAUCUGGCUAUAAUUACAUCUACUCUGAGGAGAGCAAAGACCCUUCAAAUGGCACUCGUCUGAACCUCAAGAUUUUCUUCUAAAUCUCAUGUUCCCUCUGAGAUAGAUCCCUCGGGCAGUUAAAGGAGAAAUACUGGCUCCUUCCUUCUCUGGGGCAGCAGGAGAGUGAUCUUGCUCAGGAGGGCCUGUGCCAGUCAGCUGUAAAGCCGAUCCGGCCGGGCUAAAAAGUCUGUCAAGUAGUUGAAAACUUCGUGCACACUUGCAUCUCAGCAGCUGUGGCUGGACUGUCCUCUCCUAGGGUUGCCAUCAGAUGCAGCUCCUCACCCCCAAUUCUGAACAUACUGUCAGACCUGAGGGCCUUGCCCUCUGCUAUGGUGGCCUCUGCUGCCAGCCCUGGCUUUGUGGGAUAGGACAGCCCACACUUGCUCCUAAGCAGCCACUCUGGCAUCCCAAAGGCUUCACUGGAACUAUAUUCCUAGUGUCUGAAUGUCCAGGACAUUUUGCCCUCUUUGCAAGUGGGCUAUUUCCAACUGUCUUUAGAGGUUCCCUCCCUUCCUGAUUCUAGUCUGUAUUCAUCAUUCUGUCUGUAUUCAUCAGGCAAGCCCAAAUCAUGCAUUUAAACUCUUAGGAAAACAGAACUCUAAGAUUUAUAAAUGAAUUUAUUAGGGCACUAAUCAAAUAGCUGAAGCCUUGGUACUUAAAUAAGUUGAAUCUGAAAGGGUGCCACAUGUAAUUCUGUUCUUCCCCCAUCUCACUGCACUCCCUGCAGAGAACUCAGUACCAUGGUGGACAUGGUUGGCUUCCCCAGAGGAGAAAGUAGGGCAUCUUGCCUCUUUCUAAUGGUAUUUCAAGGAACUUGUGCAAAUGUUGAAAGCAGAACUUCACAUUAAUACUGAACACUACUGAACAGAAUUACCCUGACAUCCCCAUUCCAUAUAACUAAAGGACCAACUUUUUCAAGUCCAGGAAAAUAGUAGUAGAUUCCAACAGAAAUGCAUUUUUCCUUCUUGGAAAGAAAGGAACAGGAUGAUUUUGAGCUAAGUAGAGACCAUGAAUUUCAGCCUUCAAAUUCUUUAGGUUGAAGAGCAGACCUAAGAAGGUACUGACUUGAGCCCAUGUCUUGGCUGGCAAAAACAUACAACCCCCUGUCAUCUUCUAAAGGCCACCAGGGAUCUGUGGUCAUCUUUGCAAUACCUGGGCCAUGGGGCAAAGUCUCCAAAGAGCUUUUCAGGGACAAUCCCAGGCAGAUGACCCCUUGGACUGGUGCAGAAAUGUGCUUUCCUUGGUCACUGGGACUCCAAGAGAAGGCCAAGGAGGGCCGGCUUUGCACACUGCACUGUAUAACCCAUGUUCCCAGGUGCAACGGGCACAGCUCCCCGAUCUGCUUUGAGCCUAGAGACAGGCUUUUGCAAAGGGCUAAGGACACAAAGCUGAUCCAGCAGGGAGGGGAUAGGUGGCUUCUGUGGCACCAUUGCUCCCUUCUUUAUAGAGGAAAUGGGCUUUCUCCUGGGCCACGUUGCUGCUGUUCUGGGCUGUACACUAGUGGUGCUUCAUUCUGGCAAGGGUAACUGGGUGAGGUGUAGGUUAACCCAGAAUUAGGGAUUUAGAGUUGAAUAUGAAAGCAAUUUUUGGAAAUUCAGAAACUUUUUAUACAAAUUUUAUCCAUGAGCAAGAUACUCAGUGGAUUUUUAUACCUCAGGGCCAUUUUCCUUUCUUUUGUGUUUUGAGUGGUCUGAUAAGAGAGAUGAGUUCAGAGACUUCUAGGUUGAGGUUCACUUGCCAACAUUUGAGGGAUGAGUGGUGCACCAAGACUGAGCCUGCUGAUACUGCUGUCCUUCAAGGCUGUGACAUGUGGGCCUCCCUCUUUUAGCACUUGCAUGCUUUCUGCCAGCUGCCAAUGCUUGCUUGCUGGUUUUCCCUCUGCUUCUUCCUUAAUGGAAAACUCGCAUUCAGAGUCCCUGGUCAGCCAUACGACCGGAGGAAGAGAUGGCAGUUACCGGCAAUGGCAGAGAGGGAGUGGCCUUCCUCUUGCUGCCUUUUGCUGGGAAUCUUCAUUGCUUCUUAGACCUAUGGUUGACUUAGCUUAAGUAACUUUUUUCUGUAUAGUAAGGCCAUUGACAUCAUCUCAACUAGAACUGCAUUAAUAGCUUUUGAUGGGAAAUACCAGGUGGUAUUUUAAGUAACAUGGUAAAACAGUUCUAGCAUCAAGAGUCAAAUUUUAGGUAUUUGUCAAGGUUUAUAUGUACACAGAUCAACAGACAUAAGUAGUCUACUGUUAACAAUGUUUUCAGGAUAUAAUAUCUGUUGAGACCAUGUACAAAUUCAAAGAAUGAUGGGAGUAUUAUCUUACUUCACCUGGAAGGUUACCUUCUGGUGUUUGCCCACAUCUAAUGUACAUGGAAUCUAAGGAAAACGAUAGAGGGCUAGAUUCCUCUUCAGAAGCACCCUGUAGAGAACUAUUUAAUGGGCCUUAAAGACUUGGUUGGGUGCCUGCCCUUUUUGUUGGAGACUCGGGAUCCUUGAGUAUAAGCAGUCAGCAUCCAAGCACAGAGUAGAGGGAGUGAGAAAGAAUGAGGUCUUUGGAUUCUCAUUCCUCAGAGCCCCAGCCUAGCUUCUGAUUCAUUACCCCCCAUGUCUGAAGUCUGUUGUGAAGGUAGAGUAUAUCAAUCCAUUGACUUGUUUUUUCAGUCUUUAAAUUCACAAAUGUAUAUGCUUUAUUUUAUAUUAUUUAUUAUGUACAUACACCUCUACCGUUAGUGUGUCUGUGACCAAGAUGAGAUGUGUUUGGAAGCCCCUCAUCCAUGGAGCCUAGGACUCUGCUGUACCUUAAGUUGGAUGAGAGGGCAGUGGUGUUUUUUUUUUUUUUUUUUUCCCUUCCUUCCUCCUAAAAAACAUAUUGCUGCUCUUAUGUUGGUCCCUGUAUCCCCAGCCCCCUUCUGGGGGCCCACCUCUAUUCCUGAUGACAAGUGUUUGGGAGGACUAUGAAGGCAGAUCUCCUACCUUGUGGCAGGUCCUCUCAAAUCCUUCCAUGAUGUACUGCAGAGGUGGUUUCUUGGUGACUGGGUCUCUUCUCCCAUACAGUGGUACAUUAUGGCUGAAACCCCAGGCCUCCUUCCUCAUCCCUCUCCCAAGCCAGGUUGGUUGCCUGGCCCCACAGCGAUGGCCUCUGUUUCUUAUUUUGGAUUACAGAAUGCUCCUCUCUGGACCAUGGAAGCUGCCUGCCCACUUGGGCUGUUAAAUCUGCCUUUUCUUGGUGUUGGGGCCCAAUGCCAACAAUGCCUUGGUCCUCAUGUAAGCACCUGCUUUGUGUCUGAUUUUCAUCCUCCUUAGCCUUUACUCACUGUAUCAUGGUGUACAUUUCAUGCAUUUGAGCAGUGAAGUUUUCUGAGCACAGUAUUGACAGCUGUGUGAAGCUAAAUAAGCACAAGUUGAGUGUAUAGGUUUCAUGAGCUGAUUGUCAUAAUGAAUGCAUUUUAUAAAUCAAAUGUUGUAGAUUUACAAUUUCUCCUAUUUAUUUUGUACCAAUUUAUUUGUAAAUUUUGUGAUUGUUUUAAAAGGUUUUUGUUUAUUUCUAUUCUAUUUAGAUAAAUGAUGAUUUUCUGUUCACCCUUUUAGCAGAUGUGUGUUCCCUCUUUCCCUUUUCAUCUAUGCAACACCAACCAUGCCAUCUUGUUCAGCCUUGGUCCCCACCCAACUGCAUAGCUUUACUGGUGAGAAAGCUGGGACUGGAUCUCAGUAAGGCAUCUCUUUGGGACAGACACUGCAGUCUGUGUUAACAGAGUGGAUACAAGUUCAGUGCUUCCAAGUUACAGCCUGUUACUGCCAGUUCAGGGGAAGAAGAGGUGUUCUUUCCAAGGACUGAAGUCUGUCUCCCAUCAGUUAAUCUCUAAAUCAAAAUAGAAGUAUCCAAUCAACUUGCCCCAAACACAGGCUGCUCAGUUCAGCGGGCAAAUGGCCAGACUGGGUUUUUCUGGGUAAGAACAAAGGCUUUUAUGCAGGCAUCUCAACUGGCUCUUGAAGAUGAGAAAGGCUUUGUAGGUCCUUCUUUAUAUUAAGUAUAUGAGGAAGGUCAGAGAGCAGGCACAGAUGGGUCCCCCUCAGAUUCAAAUACCUGGCACAAGUAUGGGACAGUAUGUUCAGAUGCUCUUUAGGACUCAAUAGAUAGCCUACAUUCCCCAAUAAUACAGUGUGUAUGAACCUCAUUUCCUUCCAUCGCCACUUCAGGUCUUCUAUUCCUAUGCACCCUUCUUAUUCAUAUUUGACUGAACUCUGAGGAUCUUCCAAUCUUUAGGACCCCUCUGUGAUCCAUUCCUAGGCCCCCUUUUGGAGUUGCUCUAUUCAUAGUCUCUAUUUUACAUCCCAAAGAGAAUCAUGCUGUAAGAACUGAGUUUCUUGACUGUUCUCUUAUCGUCCUCACUAUAUUUAAUUAACCAUGAUGUUUACAGUCCAUUUUACUUACACUUGUCCUGUGGAUGGAGAUGUUUCAGUGAAGAACUGCUGACAAGAUUUACUUUGAGACCCUCCCUGACCUAACCACCACUCCCAUAUUCCCAGUUGUUACCCCAUUUCCUUGGAAGUAGAAUGAGGUUUAUCUAUAUCCAGUUAAGUUUAUCUUCUUGGGAGCCUGUCUGCUUUCCUUAGAAGCAGGAUACAAAGCAAGUAGCAGGCAGAAGGAAAUCACUGCAGCACAUUCAUUCCUAACUUAGUUUUCAUUGGGUUUUCUUGCUAUUCUCACUCUGUCUAGGUCAAUCUUUAGCUUAAACCAGGAAAUGCCCACAGAAAGUGGAGGUAAAUUUUCCUACUGUGAAGGAUUUGCCUAAGUUCUUCCUCUGCAUCCUUGGGGCUACACAUCAGUUCAUUCCUAUGUUUUAUUAUGACAUGCCCUGGCUUUCUAUUUUACAUAAACUGUGUUCCCCAGAGCCUCUUCUUAACUCAAUGCUUCUGAGGAAACAAAUACUCAUCAGAAAGUCUUGUAGAGGAAGUGACUGAUACAAACUGAAUCACUUUUUCAUAGCCUGGAGUUGAUUUCUGGAAACUUUAUACUUUUUGAAGGUAGUUAAACUUAGAAAAGAGGCUGACUCCUUAUUAAAGUCAAAGUUGAAUUCUAUUAGAUGGCUAAUAAACUCGUUUUCUUUGUGUAA